CGUAGCAGUCAGGAAAUGAUCGCUGACUCAGCAAACACGCAACGUGUUGACUUGGCUAUUGAACAAAAUGGGGGCAGGGCUCAUGGUCUUUUUGGAGAGUUUGAAGAAACUAAGGUUUUUUAUGUGUUGAUGGGACGCUUACUGUCCAGGAGGACACGCAAAGGAGGAUUAUUCAUACUCUUAGUAUUGCUAAUUCUAACUGUGUGGCUGUACCAGGCUCACAGAGUGAAAUCAUCUGAGAAGGAAACAAAAAACAAUUCGUCCAAUGCUCAUCACUCAUACGCUGAACUAUCGUACUCUGAACCCUCCUCUCCAUGCAACGGUGAUUGUGAAGCUUAUACUAAUCGUCUCAAGCGCUACUGCCACAGCUCAUUAUUUGAUGGAAACGAACAAAUCUCUUCGAAUGAAGGCAGGCUAACUAAUGAUGACUAUGAGCUGGUACAUGUGCACAUUGUAGCAAGACAUGGAGAUCGUACCCCAGUCUCCAACCUACGACUUGGUCCCAGAGUGUACUAUGAAUGUGGCCUGGUCCAGGAAUCAAUUAAUUGGAACGGACUCAACGAUUUUACUCCACAUUUUCUAACUCCUUCAUCACGUGGAAUUGAGCCUCAAAUUCAGUUCCAUCCCGGAACCCAAAGACACGAGUGUGGGGACGUCAAGGGAAUCGGUAAACUGACGUUACUAGGCUACAAGCAACAUGUAUACUUGGGCAAACUGAUGCGAGACAAAUAUGACAAUUUUGUGGCUCCCAUUAUUGAGGAUGUUCCAUCUCUAAGGAAUGGUGUAUACGUACAAUCCACUCAGGUACUCAGGACAAUUCUCAGUCUGUCUGCUUUUAUGUUGGGAUUUCUACCAGAUUCAACCGAGCUUCGACGAGCUACAACCGUUCACAUCUCACACGGUACACUGCUUGAAGCCCCUCCAGUUGGCAUUGAGACUGUUUAUAAACAUUGCCAUGGCUACUCUCAACUAUGGAAUGAAGAUCGUAGACAAACUGGUUACCUAACGAGUGAAGAUAAAAGAAGACACUUGAUUACCAAUCUCUGUGGCAUGUUUGGACUAGUGAGCAAAUGCCAAAGCCUGUCAGUAGCCAAAGUGUUUGAGCAACUUUCUAUCAGAGGCUGCCACCGACCUUUAGACCCACUACCUUGUGUGAAAAACAACGGUCCGUGUGUUUCGUACCCGCAAGCUUUAGAGCUAUUCAAAUUUGCUGACUGGGCUUGGAGCAAUGGCCAUCCUCUGAAGACAUCUAUCAUCGCAACAAUGCCGUUUUUGACUCAUUCCAUAUUGUCUCCAAUGCAACGAGUAAUUGAGAGUUAUCAGAGAAGCAUUUCAUUGGCUGGUUCUUACAAGUUCAUGGUAUCGCUGACACACGAUGAUGCAAUCACUAAGAUGUUAACGAACCUGGGUGUGCGUGUGAGUGAAUGGAUACCUUAUGCAACUAGAGUUGUGUUUGAACUUUGGAAAAAGAAAGAUGAAGAAUUGUAUGAGGUUCGAAUAUUACUGAAUGGAGAAGUGGUGACUCCACAGUGUGGUGGUUGGAGAGAGGGGAUGAAUGAUGAACUGAUUCCAUACCCAGUCUUGAAGGUGUUCCUCACCUCGGGGACACACAGAGAACUCAAGUAUUACAAUAACAUGUGUACAACUACAUAGCUACAGUUGGGCUGUAUAUUAUGUGUGCGUUAAAACCUUGCAGCUCAACAAUACUACCAUACUCUGACAGUCAUUUUUUUACAGUAUAAUAUGUAGUACUAGUAUCAACCAUAUUAGCACAAUGCCAUGCA